AUGAUACCAGACUUGUUACAAUUUCAAUUGACAUUGAGUAUCUCAGCUGAUGUGGCCAUAUCUAUGAACCCAAGCUUACCAAAAAUUUCAAAAUUGAAUGUUGAUGAAAUUCAGGAUGCUGUCUCCUCACUCCAGACUGGCACCAGAGAAGUACAAAGGAAAGAAUACAUUGGCAAACAUCAGAAGACUUUAACAGAUCAAAAGCAACAUGAAGAUGUUGUGGACUUGGCAUAUCAACCACACAAUUGGUAUUUUCCAAAACAGGCUCAUAGAUUCCAUAAUGGAAGAAAUAUACACAAAAUCUCUCCAUAUGCUACUCCAGAUAUUGAAACACACAUAACUGUUGGCCCAGUAAAGAAUAAUGGAGAAAUCAACAGAGCUCAAGUAGGACAACAAAGACCAAGGUCCAAAAGCCGCCUGAUUUCAAAUUUGUUGAGCUCUCAAGGUUCAGAAUCUUACGUACAAAAUAUGAGUGAUGGGAAUCAUGGCCUAAAGUGCACUCCUGCAAAUUCAAAUAUGAGUACAGACAAUCUGAUGAUAGGCUCUAGCAAACGUCAGAAAAUUACAGGAAAUCAAAAUAAAGAAGCAGGCAAUUUGGUUUUGGGUCACCAAGCACUUGAUGAGUACUUUCCAAAACAAGCUCAUAGAUCAUUUGAUAAAGACAAGAUGCAAAACAGAUAUGAUUCUGUUGGAACCAAAGUAAAAAAACCCUUACCUAUUGGUGCAAUAGAGAGUCAAGGAGCACUUCCCAAAGGCAAAUUAGAAUUUCCCAAGCCUGUUUCAAAAGGCAACCAGGUUUCUGAGUGGUCAAGAUCUAAGGGUUCCACAUCUCAUAUCCAAAAUAUGAUUGAUGGAAAUUGUGCCAUAGAGGCUGAUCAAAUUCAACUCAAACAGGCAAGGACUGACCAGACUCCCAAGAAAGAUCCCAAGGGGAUCAAUCAGAAAUUCCAACCUCAUGUCCUCCAAAUGCCACCUAAACCUUUGAAAAAAAUGUCACCAUAUAGUUGGGAAAGCAAAGAGAAAUAUGCAUACAAAGGCAAAACAAAACUGGCCAAUAAUCCAAAACUUACAUGUACUUCUGUGAAAAGGAUGCAAGGAAUUAAUAUUCAAACAUUUUACUCGCACAAUCCAGACAAAAUGUGUUCAGCUGCUGCGUAUCAUUUCACAAAAGAUCUCCUCACAACCAUGAAAAUAAAAUAUCAACCACAGACAAAACAAACAAAUUAUCCUACUUGGGAGGCAGCAAAACAAAUGUGGACACCAAAUUUAGUACUGCCAUUUGUGUAUUUUGUUGUUUCUUGCAAUCCAACCUUGAGAAUUUGGGAGAAUAUAAAACAUAUGACAGCAUACAUCUUGAAAUGUUAUAACCAGUGGUAUGCAACCUACCAUAUUGCACAAUUGGGUUCAAAGAUCAAAUCACCACAAGGUGAAACAACAAACCUCAUGAGCCGACAGCUCACAGUCUCGGGACUAUCAACAUUGGCCAGGAAUCUUUUGGUAAUUCAUGAAGAUGAUGCCUUGAAAACUUUUAUGUGUCAUUCAAAAGCAAGGCUUUGUAUGUUAAAACGGCAUGUUUCUGAAACAUUUGAGGGUGAUUAUUCGAAAGGUUAUCCAUACACCAGCACCAACCAGAAGCAGGCUGGGUCAGUAUGGGAUGACUGGGAAAAAAAAUCUCUUGAUAUAAGAAAGAAAGCUGAAGAUGUCCAAUGGCCAACAUUUCUUGAUUACCCAAGGAGUGAUUCGGAGCAAAUUCUUUUGGUAAAUGGUGAACCUGAGAGCAAUAUUUUGGUAAAGGAAAAUAAUAGGGUGGCUGCGUUUAUUCACCAAUGGGAAAUGGACUUCAUGAAAACAAUUAAAUUCAUAAGAACUUCACAUUCACAAAAAUCAGGUUUUCCACCUUUGUCAAUCAAGGACUUUUGCCGUGGGAUCCACACAUUUCUGAAUGAAAAUAAUCCAACACCCAAAUAUCAAGUCACACUGUUCUCUGAAUUCCUUCAUCAAGAUUCACAAGAUAAAUUUUAUGCAGACUUUUGGAACCAUUUUGAAGUUUUGGAAGAUAAGAAACUCACACAGGCACUGAGGCAACGAAAAAGUAUUGCUAAGAUUGGGAAGAAAGCUCUCUUGUAA